AUGGCAUCCACAAACCAGCCGCAGCCCCAGUCACAGCUGUCACAGGAGUCUCUGAUGUCCAAUGCUGAGGAGCUUUAUCUUGAAUCGUAUGCAUUUACCACGGCUGCCGCGAUUGUGGGCUCAGUGGACAGAAAAGUAUUCGUAUUGUUGAGAGACGGAAGAAACGUUUUUGGAAUUCUAAGAACGUUCGACCAGUUUGCAAAUCUCGUAUUGCAGGACUCCAUCGAGAGGAUCUACUUGCCAAAGGAAAAUGAACAGGCGCCAGAAAGGUUUGGGGAGAUUCCUCGCGGUGUGUUCAUGGUUAGAGGUGAGAACGUUGUGAUGCUUGGGGAGCUAGAUAUUGAUAGAGAAGACGAGCAUUUGUACAACAUGCAACAGAUCCCAUUCGAAGCUGCAGAGGCUGAGAUGAAAGCAAGAAAUGCCGCCAGAAUCAAGGAAGAGUCGAAAAAAGCCAAGAGCUACUUGAACAGGGGUCUUAUUCAUGAGUUCCUGAAAACAGAUUUGUACUAG